GAAGCGUGAAUUUUAGAACACAACUAAAAGAAAUCUUUGAAUUUAUUGUGAAGUGAAGUACUUACUGUACAUUAUUUAUCGAUUUAAGCUGCUUUUUGACAUUCUUAUCUCAUUCGUAUUAAUACUGGCAGUGAAGACUGACGUGUAGUUUAUCAAUUUUAAAGAUGAAUACUGGGAAAUUUUUAAGCAUUAUUUUAUGCCUUUUGUCGUCCAUUCUUGGAGAUGAAAAUGAACAAUCGAGAGAUGUUUAUAGAAAAAUGAUUGCAAGACGAAGAGAAGAGAAUCUGGCUCGAAUCCUGAAUUUCCUUCCUCUACCUGAAUAUCCUUAUGAAAACAGCGUCAAAAAAUUCCUUCCAACAAAAGAAAAAAUAGAAGAAUACAAAAAGAACAAAAAAAUACAUGAAAAACUGGAAAAAGCAAACCUUGUUGACCCGAUCAAAUUAGAACUUUAA